UUCGUCAAGAUUUUGGACAAAUCUUCUUCAAGCGGCCGUAACAUGCAGGUUGAAAGUGCAACAAAGUGGCGUGUCCCACCGCUAGAUCUGUCCGCAGUCAGUGUGCUUACGAACGAAACUGAACGGCGCUGGAACCACGGAACCAACCACGGUAAUGGCGGUAACGGUGGAGCGAACCACAAUGGCCGUGAAUCGAAUUCUAGCUCACAGACGACAAUCAAAAAGAUCCAGUACGGUGCGGAUGGUUUGCCGAUUGAUCCGCGUGAUUGGACGCGAGCAAACGUGUGGACCUGGCUGAUCAAUUUGGCGCAAUCGGAAGGUUUGGACAUUAGUCCCGAACUCGCACAAAAAUUCCCCAUGAAUGGUAAGGCACUUUGUCUGAUGAGUCUCGACAUGUACCUGAGCCGGGUACCGAUCGGUGGCAAGAUGCUGUACCGUGACUUCCGGGUGCGAUUGGCCAGGGCCAUGAGCUUAUGA